AUGCGUUUUCUCAGCAGUGCAGCCCUAUUCGGCCUGGCAUAUGCCUCCACCCAGGCCGUACUCCAGCCAGAGGAGCCGUCCGACUUCCGCACAUUCCACAGCCCAUAUUCCCCGCAUCACUCAAUCCGCAUCCGCCAGCAGAAUGAAUCGCUCUGCGCUGCCCACUCCGCCCAAUACACCGGCUGGCUCGACAUUGGCCAUAAGCAUCUCUUCUUCUGGUACUUCGAGAGCCAAAAUGACCCUGCCAAUGAUCCCCUGACUCUGUGGAUGACGGGCGGUCCAGGCGGUUCCAGCAUGAUCGGUCUAUUCGAAGAAGUCGGGCCAUGUCUGAUCAACGAGCACGGCAAUGGCACUUAUUACAAUCCCUGGGGAUGGUCGCGGAACUCGUCGCUGCUAUUUGUCGAUCAGCCAGUCGAUGUGGGCUUUUCGUACGUUGAUGAAGGCGAAGAACUGCCAGGUGACUCGCAUCAAGCUGCAAUUGACAUGCAUCGGUUCUUGCAGUUGUUUGUUUCCGAGGUGUUUCCGCAUUUGCAGUCCCUUCCGUUUCAUCUUUCGGGGGAGUCGUAUGCCGGUCACUAUGUCCCUUAUCUCGGCAGCCAAAUCGUUCAACAGAAUAAGCUCUAUCCCAAUGAGCCCCAGGUCCUUCUGCACUCAUGUCUUGUAGGCAACGGCUACUAUUCGCCUCGCGACACUGCCUACGGCUACUGGGAAACACUUUGCACCACUAACCCUGGAGUACCCGAACCGGUCUUCAACAAGACCAGAUGCGACAUCAUGGCAGCCAACAUGCCGCGAUGCAUGGAGGUCUUCGACGUCUGCAACCGGAACCCCGAUCCAGCCAUUUGCCAUGCUGCGUCGGAAGUAUGCUACGAGGGCAUAAUCGGAUGGUAUGAUGACGAGUCUGGGAAGGGUGGUAGGAAUCGAUUUGACAUAACCGCACCCUGCGCCAUUGACAACUUCUGCUACAUCGAAGCGGCUCGUAUCGAGCAAUACCUGAACACGCCCGCAGUUUGGGCUGCUUUAUCGCCACCUAAGGAAAUCAAAGAAUACAAGGCCUCCUCCGACAAUGUGCCGCGCGCAUUCGAUCGCACUUCAGACGAGAUGACGCCUGCGUCGGAGCAAAUUACUUACCUUCUUGCGAAUCAGGUGCAUUUCCUCGCGUAUCAGGGCAAUCUGGACCUGGCGUGUAAUACGGCGGGUAAUCUGCGCUGGGCGCAUUCUCUGCCGUGGAGGGGUCAGGUCGAGUUCACCUCCAAGCCGCUGCAGUCGUGGAGCUCCACGGAUGUGGUAUCCGGGAAGAGUGGAGUGGCUGGAACAACCAAGGAGGUAAGGGUGAAGGUUAGUGAGAGUACGGAUAAGGAGUCGAGGUUUGCGCUUGUUACGGUUGAUGGAGCGGGACAUUUUGUGAGUACUCCCUCUACUUUGUGGGUAAGCGGCUUGCUAAUGAUGAUAUUUCAAUGA